GCAUCAUGUUUACAUUUGUUUGUACAUAACCUUUCAGAUCAGUCGAGCAUUAUAGAGUAGAGAUGCAAAAACACCUUGUUGAUAUCCACUUUGCUUUGGAGAUAUUCGACCUGUUAUCAUCUGGUGAUGCUGAAUACGAUCGAUGCCACUCGUUCUCUUCAUCUUAUCUAUCGCAAUUCCAUCUGAAAAUUUUUCGAUUCUAAAUAACGUUGACUAAUGCGCCAUUAAAGUAAUAGUGAAAUUAUGGAAAGAAUUUAGUAAUUUAAAAUAAAUAUUUAAUUCAUCGUUAUGUAACAUCGGCUAUCGAAUCCAAUUGAUGUCUUCCUAACUCGUAAAUCUAGCUGUGCAAUUUUGGAAAUAAUCGUGCAAAAUGUUAAUUUCGAGAUUACUACGUAAGAUUGGUAGGAAGUGGUUUAACAUUCGGAAAACCACCAGACAGAGUGUACAAUCUGCGAAAGAUACAGUUUUCCGUAGUGGUGUUGUUAUCGUUACCACUGUUUUAAUAGUCUGGCUGUCUAUAUUUCUUUAUACAGUUUUUUACUACUCCUAUAUGCCCAGCAUGACAUAUGUGCGUCCUGUACAUUUGCAGUUCAAAUCAUGCGACGAGAAGAUAGGAAUUUGUAGCUUUCCGCAAGCUCAUGUACAGUUGACUAAGAGGCAGCAACUUCUGAUGGUAGGGCAGCCAUACAAAAUGAAUUUACAUCUAGAAAUGCCAGAAUCGACAGCGAACAAAGAGCUCGGUAUGUUCAUGGUUUGUGCGCAAUUACGAAGCCGUGAUGGUCAUCUCGUAGACCAUAUGUGUAAAUCAGCUAUGUUACAUUACCGUAGCACAUUGUUACAUACACUUACAACUCUCCUGUUUUCGCCUAUGAUGAUUUUUGGGAACGUUGAAGAGAAGCAAGACAUUGUUCUUGAAUUGUUUAAUAACUUUGAAGAGGAUCAGAAUCAUCCAGUGACAAUUAUAUUUAUUGAGGUUCAAUCACGGCAUAUAGAGUUCUAUUCUGCCAAUCUGAUAAUAAAUGCUCGUUUAUCAGGAUUACGUUAUUGGAUGUUUUAUUGGCCAAUUCUAUCAUCCUGUGUUGGAAUUGGUACAAACUUAUUUUUUAUAAUGCUCGUCUGUACUUUGUCGUAUAUACAUUUUGGAAGUGACGAUGAAAAUUUCAAUUAUGAGAAGAGCGAGAUAGAGGAUGAUAAUGACCUCAAGGGCGAUUUGUCAGAUACAUCAUCUCAGGAAGGUACAUUAUCUCUAACAGACCUCAAAAGUGAGGAGAAGAGCAUAGAAGAAGAAAAACUUGUUAUGGGAGAAUCGAGUUAUAUCGAGGAAAUUUCUGCGAUAAUUGCUGAGUCAUCGAGUAGCCCUUUGGUUAAAUAAUUUAUUACGCUUAUAAAAACGA